GUGUGGAGGUGUGUGGGUUUUUACGAUAAGAAAGAGAAAUCGGGGGGACACGGGGAGCGCGUGAAUAAAACUGUGCAGGCGUUUUCUGACAUUUGUCACUUUGUCUGCGUCUGCCUCGAGAAGAGAAAGGAGGGAUAAGGUCUUGACGGAAUUCUCCCGCUGUAAUUAUAACCCUGAGGCAUACUAAUUUCAUACGACAGGGGGAUAAAGUGAGAAAGUGUGCGCGAGUGUGUUACGGCGGCUACCGUGUGAAAAAUUAGUGUGUCAGCUUUUAAGUAAUAUUCAAUUACGGUGCUACCAGCCAGCUGAGAUCUAUAAUUAGGCUGAGUGUUUCAGGGGUAGUGUAGUGCCAGACCUGUGUAAUUGAUUAGGAGUUCUGCUGACCCACUCUCUGUCCUGUGAUAGGGCCAGAGUUAGGUUUGGUGAGGACUUGGUCACAGGAGACGUGACUGUCAGUGUCAGUGUCACUGUCAGUUGGGACUGACACUGUGCGGUGUGUCACACACAGAUUUAAGCAACGACAUACAACAAGAUCAUCUCUACUCAACAACUCAGAUACAAGCUACCCAUAACAUUCCCGAACUUUCCCAAGAGGACCGGAAACACGUCAGCUCUCUCUAACAAAGAUGGCGGACUUGGAAGAGAGUAUUUACUCCAACGUCAGUGAUCUGGGGACGACAAACGGUUACGAAGAGAAGAAUGGAACCUCCCACCACAGCCGUCACAGCUCACAGAGUAGCGGUCUGUCCACGGGGAACAAAGAGAACCUCACUGCAACCAACAGCAGCAGCACAGCCGACAGUUCCAGUGAGCAAGAUCUGAUCCUUCUACAGAGGGGAGGUGAACUGCUGGAGGAAAGCAGGACAGAGUCUUAUUACGAGAACCAAAAAGUGACCAGUGAGUGCGAUACCAGAAGAACAAAUCACGAUCCCUAACGACGGCAACAUCUCCGCCUUCACCGCCGACCAACUCUCCAACUUCCUGCGCUGCCUCAAGAUCGACGACAGGAUUAUCUCCCAUCUCCACCGGAAGAACGUGGACGGGAAGCGCUUCGCUAAGCUCAAGGACUCGGAGCUGGAGUCACUAGGGGUUUCCCAGAAUGCCGUGGUCCUCUUUUUCCGGGAGAAAAGUGAGAUAAAAAAGGGGAAAAGCAAUAGAAGACAUUUCAUGUUGUAGAGUUUAUUGUUUGUUGUAGAGAUGUGAGGUGUGAGGUGUGUGUGUGUGUGUGU